AUGCUGAAGAAAACGGGAAUUGCUCUUGCCGGGCUGCUGCUGUCCUCCGCAGUUUCUGCCCAGCGUAGCCUAGCUGACGGACUUGAAGACCGCUUUGAAGGCCCACCAAUAUUUCCUAGGAGCGCGGCAGCCACUGCAGAGGAAGCGGCGUCUUUUGACGGUCCUGCAGGUCAAUCCGAGCGAGUCAGCCAACCUACCGCACGGGAAGAAUCGCCACCUGCCGCUGCCUUGGAGUCGGUAGAGCCUCGCGUGAAAGCUCAGCAUAAGGAGCUGACGGAACGUUUCUGGAUACCGACUUCAGCAGUAAAUCAGAACCGCAAGCUCCAUCCACCCCCUUCUGGGGCAAACCUUUCGGUUGCUAUCAAGGGAGCUGGAAAGAACCAGCGAGAGCGCUGGCGGCACGACCUGCGCUCCAGUACCUUGACGCACGCGCUGAGAAACGCGAGCACCCACCUGGGCCGCAUGUCCCGUCGCGUGUAUCAAAGGGGAGAGGACUACUGGAAGAGCCCCAAGAGGCGCCGGGCCCUGGUUUACUUCUCCAUUGUCGGCGUCAUUAUGGUACUUGUGGCCUACGCCGAGCAUAAGUCGAAUAUGUUGUCAGUGGAGGCUCAACAGCUGGCGGAAAGAGAUUCGUUCGUAGAGAAAAUAGAAAGGGAGGUGGCGGCGGAGGCUGAGGCAGUGAAUGCCGAGGUGGAGGAGCUGACGGCCAAGAAAAACGAAAAUGAACAGGCAGGGAAGGAGCUGGAAGCUGAAGAAGAUGCAAUGAAAAGGCGCAAAGAAAGUCUGCGUGACAAAGCCGCGGUUCUCCAGGAGCACCAAUUGAUCCUGCGAGUUCGCGAGGCGAAAGCCCAGCUCGCCUCCCCGAAUGAGCUCGAGGUGAUGGGCACUGCUGCGGGGAGGAAGGCGGUGCUGGAGAAGCUCAGCGCAAUCAAGGAGGAGGCCAACCGCCUCUUUUGGAAUGAAGAGGCCCUUAGGGCUAGGGAAGACACGGCGAUGACGAAGUUGGCGCGGCUAGAAGCGGAGGUCAGGUCCAAGUACCACACAGUUCUGCGCAUAAUGAGUUUGGACGAGCGCAGUCCAGCUAUGAAGCAGCAGACGCUGCGGCUGAAAGAGGAGCUCCGAAACUCUGUCGCGAGCCUUGAAAUUCUUGUUCACCAGACGAUGCUCCUGCUAUCGGAGGAUAUGUGGGCUGCGAGGGCAGAGAAUAAGCUCCUGAAGAAUCCAGCGGCCAAGGCCCAGCUGCUGCAAAACCUGGAGGCAGAAUGGAUGACGCAACUAGAUCACCAGGAGCGGCUGACGAUAAUGCAAGAUGCAUCUAUUGGGAGCCUAGGACAAACCCGUAGCCAAAUUCAGCAGACGAAACGUGCCUUAGAGCAGGUAACAACUUCGGAGGAGCAGAAGCGGCUAGAGGACCGUCUCUAUAGCCUGCAGACAGCUGAGCUCUACCACGAAAGCUACCUCCGCGUUGUUGACUCCGAGAUCAAUAUUCAGCUUGAUAAGCAGGCGUGGCUGACCAAGAUGAGGGGACUGGUGGAGGAGGCGGAGAAGAGGGCCAAAGAAAGACUCAAGGCUUGGUCAACCCCAGAAGCGGCUCGCGCGGAGAUAUCGGGCUACAUAGAGGCUAUAGAAGGCCUUCUGUCGUGUCUAGACGACAAACUUGCACUGUGCUACAAUAUACACAGGACUUGGAGGGAGAAAUGGACCCAGGUAAACUCGGUCUAG